AUCCCUCUCGUGUCUGCACUGACGCUAAACACACCAACGAGUGCUUCGGUUGGUGACUUGUUCAACGUCUCUUGGGAUGCGACCACUUCCGACGCCAGUUCGUUCAAUAUUUACAUGGUGAACACCAUCUUCCACAACACAUUUGCCAUCGCAAACAACGUGCAAACUUCGGCGGGUGGCGUGACUAUUGUACUGCCCCAGGCCCCCCUUGGUGACGGUUACACCCUCGAGGCCACCGACAUCAGCAACAUCAACACGGUUUACGCAACGAGUGGUGACUUUUCUGUUACCGCA